AUCGUCGCGAUGGCGGCACUGCACUGAACGGUACGGUACAGUCAGGUACAGUACUACAGUGUACAGGUGUUAGAUUGCGUGUGAUCUUGCAAUGUGAGAUAAAAAUUGAGUUAUAAAAUUUUUCAAUCGUUUUGAACUAGAAUUGAUAUAGGAAGAAAAGUAACCAAUAUCUGUUCUAAUUGAGGACGCUGGUGUGUGGGAAAUGGGACCUGAUAAUCGAGUUACACAAAAUGAGACUAUGCCAAAAGUCGACUUAAUCAAAGACGGGGAAAAACUCAAGUCUACCGAUGUAGUUUAUAUGAAACGUAUGGAAGAGCAGAACUUUCAAAGAGCAAAGAAAGUACAGGGAUAUCGUAGAUCUAAUAAUCGUACCGCUAUCUCUUUGGGUCUUGUAGCACUUGGAAUUUAUGCUUAUACCAUAUAUGCGGUUAAACAAGAAAAAUUCUUAGACGACUUUGAAAUGCCAGAAAAGACGAUUGAGAAGGCUUAAAAAGAUACUUUAUUAGAAAUAUGAAAGAAGCUUAUGAUUUAUGUUUAUUAAAAAGCUUAUAUUUUUCGCUUAUAUAAUAAAAAGAAAACUUGUAAAGUAAUAGUAAUAGUUUUUCCUUCUCAGAUAUUAUACUUUGUAAAUUAUCUUUUACACAAGUGUAUCUGUAGCAUAAGAAAAA